AGCAUGGCAGGGAAUGCAGCUCGACACGGAGAUGAGGUGGAGCUUUCUGUGAGGCAAUGUGAUUUGAGAAAAUCACUGCUGCUCUUGGCACUCUGAAUGAAACACAGUCAGCCUGUAGGUAUGAGUUUCACAGAGGCAGGGAUGUGAUUUGUGCUGUGCUGAGUGGACCGUUACAGGAUUGUACCAGCUCAUGUUGAGGAGACCAGGAGACAUCAUGUAUAAAAGUGUUCCUUAAUAGUUGGAAGCUUGAGCUCCAGUGAUAUGAAUCUGUUGCUCUGGUUCGGUGGAGGCAGAUCAUUUCUGCUGCUUUUGAUCCAGCUGUGCUGUGGGACCUUGCCAAUCUGGACCAAGACCAGCAGACACCAAGGGUCCCACAGACAUGUGCACAACCACACCAAUGACAUCAUACUGGCUGUUAUACUCCCUCAGCACAAUACGUCCUACCCCUGGGCAUGGCCUCGUGUGGGACCUGCACUGAACCGUGCCAUUGCUCACGUUAAUGCCGAUCCCACCCUGCUGCCCCGGCACCACAUCCGGCACAUCUUCGCAAACAGUGAGGAUGGGGACGGUAUCUGCUCAGAGUCUAUUGCCCCCCUCAUGGCCGUAGACCUGAAGUUUGAACACAACCCGUGGGCCUUCAUAGGGCCUGGCUGCGACUAUACCUCCUCCCCCGUUGGGCUGUUCACUACUCAUUGGGGCCUCCCCAUGAUCACAGCGGGGGCCCCUGCUGUAGCUUUCGUGCAGAUGGAGAUGUACACUUCCAUCACCAACACAGGCCCCACACAUAAGAAACUGGGCGAGUAUGCACUCCACCUCUACAAGCAUUUUGGGUGGCACCAACACACUCUGCUGAUGUUUAGUGAUACCAAAAUGGGAGAAAGGGCCUGCUACUUUGCCCUGGAGGGGCUUUACACGGAGAUGCAUGAGGACAACAUCACCACCAUGGACCUGGUGUUCGAGGAGAACAAAGGGCCUGUUAACUAUUCCGAACUCCUGCACAAGAUCCAGGAUGAUGGAAGAGUGGUGUUUGUAUGCUGUUCUCCGGAUAUUUUCCGGCAGUUGAUGGUGCACUUCCACAGGGCAGGUCUCCCUAAGGAGGAGUAUGUCUUCUUCUACAUUGACAUCUUUGGACGCAGUUUGGAGUCCAGGCAUUCUCAGCCGUGGGCCAGAGGAGACCCUGAUGAUAACUUUGCAAAGGAGGCCUUCCAGAGUGUGAAGAUUCUGACCUACCUUGAGCCGCAGAAUCAGGAGUACAAGGAGUUUGUCAAUGAUCUAAAAUCGGAUGCCAAACAAAUGUUCAACUUCACAGUGGAGGAUUCUUUGAUGAACAUCAUCUCAGGUGGUUUCUAUGACGGUCUGAUGUUGUACUGCAAUGCUCUAAAUGAGAGUCUCGCAGAAGCACAUGAUCGACCUUCAGGAGAGUCUGUCACAAAGAGAAUGUGGAACCGGACUUAUUAUGGUGUCACUGGUCUGGUGCAGAUUGAUGAGAAUGGAGACAGAGAGACUGAUUUCGCCCUCUGGGACAUGACUGACACGAACUUUGGCAGCUUUCAGAUUGUAGCGGUGUAUAAUGGCACUCAGAAGCAGAUGAAGAUUCUUCCUGGGAUGAACAUCCAGUGGCCAGGUGGCAACAUUCCCUGGGAUGUGCCCCUCUGUGGCUUUAAGAAUGAUAACCCUGCCUGUCAUGCACGAACUAUCGCAAUGCACCAGAUGAUUUCCAUUGUGCUUUUCCUCAUCCUCAUCAUCUUCGCCGUGACUGUGUUUAUAUACAGAAAGCUGAAGCUGGAGAAGGAGUUGGUCGCACAGUUAUGGAGAAUUGCUUGGGAGGACAUUCAGAUGAGCAAUCUGGAAAAGGCCAUGAGGAGCACCGGCAGCAAACUCACACUGUCUCUAAGAGGUUCAAACUAUGGAUCACUGCAGACAGCUGAUGGUAAUUUCCAGGUGUUUGCUAAGACUGGCUAUUUUAAGGGAAACAUUGUGGCCAUUAAAUACAUCAACAGAAAGCGCAUCGAUUUAACAAGAAAAGUGUUGUUUGAACUAAAGCAUAUGAGAGAUGUGCAGAAUGAGCAUUUGACCCGUUUUAUUGGUGCCUGCAUCGAUCCCCCCAACAUAUGCAUCGUCACAGAAUACUGUCCUCGAGGCAGCCUACAGGACAUUUUGGAAAAUGAAAGCAUCACACUAGAUUGGAUGUUCAAAUAUUCACUUGUCAGUGACAUAGUAAAGGGCAUGGCUUUCCUUCACAACAGUGUGAUUGUAUCCCAUGGAAACCUGAAAUCAUCCAACUGUGUGGUUGACAAUCGUUUUGUGCUAAAGAUCACUGACUAUGGGCUGUCCAGCAUCAGGACAGAGUCAGACACGGAGGACGCCCACUCUCAUUAUGCACGUAAGCUGUGGAUGGCUCCAGAGCUGUUGAGAAUGGAGUGCUUUCCUCCAGGAGGCAUACAGAAAAGCGACGUCUACAGUUUUGGCAUAAUCCUUCAAGAGGUGGCUCUGCGGAGAGGAGUCUUUUACCUGGAGGGAGACUCGCUUAGCCCCAAAGAGAUUGUGGACCGUGUAGCUCUGGGCGAAUGGCCAUAUCUCCGGCCAUCAAUGAACCCUCAGGCCCACAGUGAAGAGCUGGGUCAGCUGAUGCAGCGCUGUUGGGCUGAAGAACCAUCAGACAGACCAGAGUUCAACCAUAUUAGUGUUUUACUCCACAAACAGAACAGGGAGCACAGAAGUAAUAUCUUGGAUAAUCUUUUGUCUCGCAUGGAGCAGUAUGCUAAUAAUCUGGAGGAGCUGGUAGAGGAGAGGACUCAAGCCUAUCUGGAGGAGAAACGCAAGGCAGAAGCUUUACUGUACCAGAUCCUCCCUCAUUCAGUGGCAGAUCAGCUAAAGAGGGGUGAGACGGUGCAGGCCGAAGCUUUUGACUCUGUCACCAUCUACUUCAGUGAUAUUGUGGGCUUCACGGCUCUGUCAGCAGAGAGCACACCUAUGCAGGUUGUCACUCUCCUCAAUGACCUCUACACCUGCUUUGAUGCCAUUAUAGAUAAUUUUGAUGUUUACAAGGUGGAGACAAUAGGUGAUGCCUACAUGGUGGUUUCAGGAUUGCCCGUACGGAAUGGGAAACUACACGGUCGAGAGAUUGCACGCAUGUCCCUUGCUCUAUUGGAGGCUGUCAAAACAUUUAAGAUUUGCCACCGACCUGAUGAGCAGCUCAAAUUACGAAUUGGCAUUCACAGUGGUCCUGUGUGUGCAGGCGUAGUUGGGCUGAAAAUGCCUCGGUACUGUCUUUUUGGAGAUACAGUGAACACAUCUUCUCGUAUGGAGUCGAAUGGAGAACCUCUGAAGAUUCAUGUGUCGUCAGCCACUCGAGAUGUGCUACAGGAGUUCAGCUGCUUCCAGCUGGAGCUGAGAGGAGAUGUGGAGAUGAAGGGAAAAGGAAAGAUGAGGACCUACUGGCUUCUGGGGGAAAUAAACAACAGUGAUUGAGACAGUGGGGGGAGAGAGAACAAAAAAAAGCUCCAUGGGAUCAAGAGACACGCUGACUCUAGUCAAACGCAUCCAAAGGAAAACCAAGCAAGACUGUUCUGUUGACCAAAUGCACACGCACAUAAUCUUGUACAGCACUAGAUGAUGUCUAAUCUUGUAUAUAUGUACUUUAAGAUGUUUCUUUUAUAAGAACACGAGCUGCAGCUGUAAAUGGAGUGAAGGCUGAGUGUGAUUGAAUAUCGUCCCCUGGUGGAUAAGUAGCAGCACUGCUGGCUUAAAAUAUAUUAGGCUAAAUAAACAUGAUUACUUCCAGGAUGAGUGUGAAUAAAGACAUGUAAAUAUUAAAUAUGAGGAGGUAUAUAGAUUUUAGCUCACCAAAAAAAUCACUUGGCUAUCAUAAUUCAAAUGUUUUGAAGACAAACAUUGAUCACUUACUAUUUUGUCAUUUAUUUCACUUGAGUGUUAUUUAGAAUUCUUCUAUUCCAAUUUUUUUUCUCUCCCAGUCAGACUCUUGCACGCAUAGUCUGCAAAUUCUUUCUCAAGCUCAAGGUAUCUAGAUACAUUAAUCUCUGGUUCAUCUCCCAGAUGUUUCUGCUGAAUGAGAAGUGUUCCAGUUUUGAGAGACAGUUGUUAUUAAAAGUUUUUGGUGUGACAAGCAGCAAUGUUGUGAGCCACACAGACCUACAGUACCCUUAACAAAGCAUCAAUAAUCAUAAACAAAGCAUCAAUAAUCCAUAAAAACAAAACCAAACACCUUACAUUGCUCAGUUUGAACUUAGAUCUUUUGCUCAGCUUUUUGCACAUUACACUUGUGUAGCCUACUGGUACGUUUCAAGAGAUUUGACAAACAAGAAGCACUUUGCCUUUGUAUUAUUUUACAUGCUUGUAUGUUUCCAUGUGUUUCUGUUCCUGCGGGACAGUUUUACUUGAUUUACUUCGUCAGUCAGUAAGUCAGUGUAAAGGUUCUUUGCAUAGUGCUUAGGAGUGAUAAUAAUACAUCUGGCAACAUAGUCAUAGGACCCAGCAGACUAUUUGCUGCAUAGAGUCUCUCUCUAAAUUACCCACAUAAGGUCACGAGUAUAAUAUAGCACAUUCAUACAGACCCUGACAUUAGUUUCUGACUGCAAUCGAGAUCUGAAUCCACUUGUUCAUCUUUAUUUUCUUACUGUUCUCUUGAGAGCCUGCACACUUCAAUUACCUGCUUGACACUUCAAUUACUUUCAACCACCUUGAGUGCAUUUUCUCACUGAUUUUAGAUUGUCAUUCCCUUGAGCACUUAAAGGGGACUGUAUUACUCUGAGAGAGAUUAUUAAAAACGGCUCCUGUUUGAUCAUGCCUUAAGGACACACAUAACAUAAAUAUUGCCAUGUCAUAUAAUUUGAAACCCCAUUUAAUACUCAUUGCACCCAUUAUAGUGUUAGAAGCACAGCUGAUAUUUAAACUUCAUUGUUAUAUUAUGACGUUAUGAAAGGAAAGGCUUAAGUUCAAUUUCUGCUCACAGUUUUUCUCUGAUUACCAAUGUUGUGUUAUAUUCAGCAUUCCACGCCUAGGUCACUUUUUUAAUUUUUUUUUUUUUUAGCCUGUUCCUUA